AUGGUUUCUCUGCAGUGCAUUGACAUCGUUUUUCGAAAGUAUUUCGCGAAUUUUAAAGCUUGCUCUCGAUAUAGAUUCCCAGUUCACUUUAAACAUUCCUUAUAAACACUAAACAUACUCAGCAAUGUUUUUCAAAGUCUGCCAACAUCACUUAAGUGUUUCUUUACAUGGAUGUGCUUAAACCAUGACUCUAGGAGUUGUAUUUUGCUGUUUUUUAACAUUGAGGUGAAAAGAUGUGAAGACUGGUUCCCUGCACCGGUUCUAUUAAAUUUCGAAUUCUCACGAAGCCUGCGGUAUCUGGGCGCCGCGGACAUUAAUCUCGAGGAAUGCUGGUUUGCCCCCGCUGCGGGAUUUCCAAACGGAUUGACUCACCUCGAUAUUUCAGGGGCCAAAUGCCGAAAAAUGUCGGAGAUUUACUUCGAAAAUUUCGAAAAAAUAAAAACACUAAAAUUGUCCGAUUGCCCAUAUCUGGAAGGGGUUUUCCGUUCCCAGAGUUCCCCAUUUGACUUCCUGCCAGCCUUAGAAGAAUUGGACAUAUCUCUGAACAAGUUAACGGAUAUAAAUCCAAAGCUUUUCAGGAAAAACCUAAAGCUGACAGAAGUUAAUUUGGCAUAUAAUAAGCUACAGCGACUACCCAAGGUUUUGUCACAUCUCAGUAACCUUGAACAGCUGGAUUUAACUUUCAACGCUAUUACUGAUUUCCAAUAUGAGGAAAUGAAACAGUUGGACACCUGGAUAUCGAUGGCGAGGGAUGGACAAUCCUUUCAGCUCUUACUUACAGGUAAUCCAUUACAGUGCACAUGUGAAAUAGUCUUAUUCAUUCGAUGGCUUUAUCGUCAAAAGGCUCACAUGGAUAAUGUGGACAAAUACGAGUGUCUCUUGUCCAACGGAACCUGGGUUUCCUUGAAGCUGUUCAAGCUGCACUUAGCUAAUUUCGAAGUUACAUGCAUCAGUCAUACUUAUCUGAUAAUCUCGGUGGUGAGCAUUCUGACAUCAUUUGUCCUUAUUUUGCUCUUCACCGCGAUGUAUCGUUACCGAUUAAACCUCAGAUACUGGCUGUAUACUAAACUGAUGCCCCCAGAAAACAUGUUUGUUGACCAGGAGUACAUCUACGACGCCUUUGUGGCUUAUACUUCUGACGAGUACGAAUGGGUCAUCCGACAAUUACGACCAAAACUUGAAUUGGUUGACAAUCCGCUCCGGCUCUGUAUUCACGACAGAGAUUUCAUUCCUGGAAAACCUAUUCAUGAAAACAUUGUGGACAAAAUGAAAGAGAGUCGAAAGAUUUUGCUAAUCAUCAGUCCCGGAUUUCUGGAAUCUCGAUUCGGUCCUCUGGAAAUCGAGUACGCCGGCAUGAAAUGCCUGGAAGAAGGCAGAGAGGAUGUCAUACUGUGUGUGCUAAUGGAAGAUAUUCCAGUUCGUCAAAUGCCGAGAGCGUUGAGAAAUCUCUGGCACAAGAUUACAUUCCUAAAGUGGAGCGCUGCUCCAGAGGUACAGAUAAUUUUCUGGAGAAACCUUAAAGCCGCUGUAAGCCUACCAGAUCAAUAAAUUAUAUUUUCCUGUAUUCGAUGUACUUCAACCAAGACCUCUUCUAACCACCAGUGACCCCUUCAUUGCUUUCUUUUUGUAGUUAUGUCUUCACCGGAACUUUAUGCGUUCUACACAAAUUGUAUGAAGUCAAUAUUGAAAAAUGAACAGUUUGUAUUUGUAUAUAAUGAGUUUGCUUUAGACUAAUACAUGUACCAUCCAGCUGAUAAUGCAUCUAACAGCUUAAGUGCACGUAAAUCUAAUAUCAAAACAGUGUCAGUGGAGAGUUGGAAAAAAGAGCAUGCUAUAAAUACAGUAAUUAUGUAACACUAUAAACAAAUAAAAACAAUGAAAAAAAAAACAAAUGUUUAAACUAUUGUGAAUUGCGUAAAGUUCGAGAGGGCUCGGCUUUUAUGGUAUUAAAAGAGCCGGUACGUAGCACAUUCUUUUCCAAGAGAUUAAACUGGUAUUUAGGGUGUUUCGCCACAUAGGCAUUAAGAAGUACCGGUUAUCCAGUGUUCUACAUGUAUCAGCUUGGUGCAGCGUCCGGCAUUUAGAUACAGAUGGAGAACAUUUUGGUUGUGUGAAUCACCGACAUUA